AUGGCUGUUCAACAAUGGAUUACACCCUUGAAGGGUCUGGACAGUCUCUCCCGGACCGAAGCUCCAAUGCCUGUGGCAGGCAAAGGCGAAGUCUUGGUGGAGAUCCGUGCUGUGUCUUUGAAUUACCGCGACGUCGAAGUGACCAAUGGCGAGUAUAGGCACCACAAAACUGCCGAACAAGAUGCCACCAUCGUGCCCUGCUCGGACAUGUGCGGAGUAGUGACGCAGGUCGGAUCCGACGUGACGAAAUGGACAGUCGGCGACCGAGUCCUCUCGACCUUCCUCCCCGAUCACCAAACCGGCCAGGUGACUGAGAAGCAGCUUGGCGGGAGUAUUGGAUUGCCCCACGAUGGAGUCCUGCAAACACACCGGGUCUUCCCCGAGUACGGUCUGGUGGAAGCUCCCUCGUUCAUGUCCGAUGUGGAGGCUGCUACACUUCCCAUUGCCUCUGUCACAGCAUGGAUGUCUAUCAACGGCAUGCGACCAUUGUCACAAAAUGGGGGAAGCGGCGGGAAGGACGAAUUUAUCCUCCUUCAGGGAACCGGCGGCGUAGCAAUUGCUGGACUACAGAUUGCCAAAGCCGCCGGUGCAAAGGUGAUCAUCACCUCCUCGUCGGAUGCCAAAUUGGACCAGGCCAAGAAGCUCGGCGCCGAUUUCACUAUCAACUACCGCACCAACCCCAACUGGGAAGACGAGGUCAUGAAAUUCACUGAGAACCGGGGCGUUGACAUCAUUCUCGAAGUUGGCGGUGCCAAAACUCUGCGAAAGAGCUUCGAUUGCAUCGCCUUUGGGGGACUGAUUAACUGCAUCGGCUACGUUUCGGGCAAGAUGGAUACCGACGAGGAUCGUCUCAACGUCAACCUCCUAACUCUCCGUCGUACAGUGACCCUCAAGGGGAUCAUCAAUGGUCCCAAGGAUCGCUUCGAGGAAAUGAUCCGUUUCUACCAGGAACAACAGAUUCACCCGGUCGUCAACCGAGUCUUUUCGUUCGCUGAAUCCAAGGAAGCAUUCAAAUUUCUGGAGAGCGGCAGCCACUUUGGUAAGGUAGUUAUCAAAGUCCAGUAA